AUGACUCAAAUGCAAGACCCUCCACUGUUGCGCCUUGAGAAUGAGUCUUAUCAAACUUGCCUCACGUUUUUACAGAAUCUUGCACUGGAUAGGCCUCCAAGUUAUGAAGAGUCUAAGAAUCUUGCACUGGAUAGGCCUCCAAGUUAUGAAGAGUCUAAGGUGGAAUCUUAUCUUAUUGACCUUUGCCAUGAAGUUUUACAGUUCUAUAUCGAAACUGCACGCUCUGGACAGAUACCUGUGUCAUCUCUCGGCAGGCGGCCCCACUGGUUGAUUCCGUUAGGUUCUGGUAAACGGAGGGAGUUGGCUGCACGUGCACCUCUUAUUGUUACAACUCUCCAGGCUAUAUGUAAUUUGGAAGAUUCUUCGUUUGAGAAGAGCUUGGCUCGUUUCUUCCCCCUACUUUCAAGCUUAAUAAGUUGCGAGCAUGGGUCAAACGAGGUUCAGGUAGCCCUCAGUGAAAUGUUCAGCUUCUCAGUGGGUCCCAUUUUGUUACGCUCAUGUUGA